CAUUCUAAAUAACCAUUCUUACCCUCUUCCCAAGCAGUCUCCUUUGAUAACUAGUCCGCACAUCAAAAUCUUAAUCAAUCAUUUUUUACUAUGCCUAUGUGAGAAAACGAUAGUGGCUCAUUUCCAUAAUCUAUACUAACAUCUCCUCCAUCUUGUUCAACAUACAUAAACACCAAAUAAAUGGGACAAAUUCUCGGAAGAAUUGCUGUUGAAACCCCCAAAUAUGAAGUGAUCAAGUCUUUGAGUGGAUACGAAAUCAGAAAAUAUCCACCGGCUGUUCUCGCUGAACUCACGUACGAUCCAUCCCAAUUCAAAGGCGACAAAGAUGGCGGAUUCUCCGUGCUUGCUAAAUACAUCGGUGCUUUUGGCGAUCCACAAAAUACAAAGCCUGAAAAAAUAGCCAUGACGGCUCCAGUCAUAACCAAAACUGGCGGUGAAAGCGAAAAGAUUGAGAUGACUGCUCCUGUUCUGACAAAGGAAGGCGGAGAAGAGAAGAAGAUGGUCACCAUGCAGUUCUCAUUGCCUGCCAAGUACACAAAAGCUGAGGAUGCACCAAAGCCGACGGAUGAGAGAGUGGUGAUAAGGGAAGAGGGGGAGAAGAAGUAUGGGGUGGUGAAGUUUAGCGGCAUAGCAUCGGAGGAGGUGGUGCAGGAAAAGGUUGAGAUGCUGAAAGAGAAGUUGGCCGGAGAUGGGUAUAAAGUGAUCGGUGAGUUUGUAUUGGCAAGGUACAAUCCACCUUGGACUUUGCCUCCUUUUAGGACUAAUGAGGUUAUGAUACCAAUCGAAUGAUCAUCAUUGAUUCACAUUAUUGGCUCAUUUCUGCAUAAAUAUUAUGGAUUUAUUGUUGUAAAAUUACUUCUUUUUUAAUUCCUAAGCAGAACAGUAUUGUGAUACUUUCAUUAUAAUAGACCAGUUCUUAUUUAAA